AUGUGCGCCAGUUUAAACGAGGUUAGAAAGAACGAUGCCUAUGGGGUCUCACAAAGAGGUUACAAUGACGCUUGCAGUGAAAGUGAGGGCAUGCUUCAUGGCAGUAAAUCGAUGCCUGUUAGUAUGAAAAAUAUGCUACCGUCUCCUACAAUGGUUAACAUGUGUGAUGUUUUGCAAAACAAGGGUGUUGCUGACGACGAAAAAUCCAAGGUAGCUAACACGUAUACUAUUUCGGCGGCGACUGAUGCUGAAGAUGUCAACUCCAGUCAACCCCAGGAAAGUGAUCAAAGGAGUCAUCUUGUUGCCUUAGAGAUCUUGGAAGGUACUUUCAAAGAUAUACCUUACAAGGAAUAUGCAAAUUUCUUGGGAAAUGACAGCAACCAUCAAAUCCUGACUAAGUUUAUAAAAUCAUUAAGUCCUCUGCCAUCAUCAUUAUUGGAAACGCUUUUCAACUUAUCGAAAAGUAUAUAUUUCAUUGCGGAAGCGCAAAAUAUUGACAGAAUACUAGAAUGCUUGAGUAAAGAAUGGAUAGCUUGCCACCCGAACACUCAUUGGAAAUCAGGCUACAAGUCAUGCCAUAUUGUAUUAUUUUCCCUGUUGAUCCUUAAUUCAGAUUUGCACAACGAUUUUCAAGUCGACCAUAAAAAGAUUAGAUUUUCCAUGGUCGCAUUUAUCAACAACACUUUGAGGGCAUUAAGAGAAGAAAGUGAAUAUGAAAAAUUGGAAAUAUACUCAGGCGAACAUUUGAUCAUCGAAGAACUCUCAGAAUACUAUAAAACAUUAAAUGAAACCCCCUUACCGCUAUGCGCGGAAUCUAGAACAUCAAUCUCUACAUCUGAUAACCAAUCUUCCUUGAAAAGGUUCUCUACUUUGGGAUCACGGGAAUUUAGCACAUCAAAUUUACGUAGUGUUAACUCUAAUUCUACUACACUAUAUUCAAGAAAUGGACAAGUAUCUGUACGAGAAAUGAGCGCAAAAUCGAAUAAAAACUUUCACAAUAAUCACCCCAUGGAAGCACUCUAUCUCAAAGAGUCCUUUGAUGAUGAUUUAAUUACCGAGAAAGGCUCCAGUUGGUUCAUGGAUGACUUAAUUCUCAUAAGCAAGAAAUCAUUGCCACGCAAAUAUUCUAAAAGAGACAAAGAUCAAGUGACAGCACCAAAAAUAGCCUCUAAGAGAAACAAAUCGCUCUUCGGGUGGCUGAAGCCAUCCAAAACCACUACACUUGUUGAGCACACGUCUAGGAAGACCUCUUUAUCGUACUUGAAUAAGGAUUCUGAAUGGGAGAGAGUGAAGAUACAAAUCAAGGAGGGUAGAAUGUUUAUUUUCAAAAUCAAACCAGAUGUCAAGGACGUUAUUCAAUCAAGUGAAACAGACACUGCCACUAUGGACUAUUUCAAAGAUAUCAGCAGUUCUUAUUUUGCUUACUCGUUGCUUGAAGCCGAAGCACAAGUGGUGCAAGAUAAUAUAAUUAUAGGUAGUGGGGCAAUGAAAUCAAAUAUGUCCUACAAAAACACCAAAAGGAAAGGCAACUUUAUCAUUAACUUCCCUGAGAAUAUUGACGGACCUAAGCUUGUUUUAGAGUUCCAGACGAGAAAUGUUGAAGAAGCCCACAAGUUUAUGGAUUGUAUUAACUUCUGGGCUGGUAGAAUUUCUCCAGUUCCCUUAACACAAUUCGAAGUUGUAUCUAAUGCAGAAUAUGGGUGGAGUGACAAGGUCUUGACUGAUCACGCUUUUCUCAAUCUAAGAAAUAUCAUUAUAAGUGAAUGGAAGCCACUAUUAGGCCUAGAAUUACUAUACGAAGAUGCAAAAGAUGUAGAAAUGAUCAAAUUAAAAGAAAGACUAAAGGAAUUGAUGAACUUUACCAGACAGCUAGGAGUAUGGAUAGAUAAACAUAAUGAAAUAAAGGAUGAGCUGGUUGAAAUCUGGAGCUUUGACGAUAGUUGUUUUGAAGCAGUAAUGAAUAAUUGGAAUUCGAAAUAUUUGUAUAUGAAUAAUCAAUAUAAAAAACGACUGAGUUAUUUGAAAGCCUUACAAAAAGCCAUGGGUUCAGUUCAGUUCUAA